GCUGCAGUUCAUUGAUUUUAAAGCGCCUGGGGGGUAGGAGAAAUAGCUGAUAGCUUAUACCGAUAUUCCGGUAUAAGUUAUUGGCCUGAAAGGCCACAGAUUAUCGGUAUUUGCUCUAAAAAUCAAUAUCGGUUGAUCCCUAGUAUUCGUGACGCCAGGGCGUGGUUUAUCCUCGAUACCGCCUGAAAGUAAACGGCUAGAUCCUGGGAAAGGCAUUGGGGCAAUAAUGAUGCCAAGUUAUGGAUAAUGGUAGCUAUACUGAGGGUAGAUGGUAAAGGCUAUAAACUUCAGCCAGGGCCCAUGGAGGUGACCAUUGACUCAGAGACCUUAAGGGCUUGCUGGGACUUGUAGUAGGACUGGUCAAUUUAAUGCAGGCCACGCUGACUUCACAGUUGCUGACAGGGGCUGACUUGACUGACUAAGCUAUGACUGUAGCUUACUUGCAAUUGACUGGCUGCAGACUGGACUUGAGGCCUCCAAUGACUCUGGACACACACACUAGGACUCAACUUGACCUCAGCAAAGACUUGUAAGGAAAGAGAGUGCUAGCUCUGCCCAGGGCUUAUAUGGGGGAGACUAGCAGGGAGCCCAUAGGUCACCCCUGGGAUCACCUGGUCACUGGUACCUCCUGGGUAACAAUCGCAUGACAAGUCACAUGUGUUUGACACCAGUUCCCAGUGCCGAAGUCCAGUGUGAGACGCCUCCAUCUUUAGGGAAGAAGAUAAAGGACUUUGUCAGUGUGACACUCUCUCCAAAAAGCAAUGUGCUAAAGACUAGCCCAGCAACACCAGAGUUGAAGGUCCCCACCAAGGAGAGUCUUGAACUAAAAUCUCGGCUGCAGAGGAUACAGGAGCUUGGACAGAGACUGAAAGUUCCUACUGCACCUGUUGAAAGCAAAGUUACAAUCACUGACCUAAAAGAAAGACUUAAACAAGCAAAAGCCCUUGAGUCUAGGAUCACAGAGAAGAAAUCUGCUAAAGAACAGAAGGUUGAUCUGACAGAGGAGCCAAAUAAAGAGAGUAAGAAGGCUCCAGCCUAUGAGCGAUUCCAUACACUUGCUCAAGAUGUUCCACCCGGACUCUCACUGCCAUUCAAGUACAAAGUUCUUUCAGAAAUGUUCCGCAGCAUGGACACCAUUGUAGGGAUGCUCUUCAACCGCUCUGAGACAAUCACCUUUGCAAAAGUAAAGCAGGGGGUCCAGGACAUGAUGCGCAAGCAGUUUGAAGAACGUAAUGUUGGGCAGAUUAAAACAGUUUACCCAACAGCCUACAAGUUCAGACAGGAGAAGAAUAUUCCCACCUACAAGGAUAGUAUAAAGAAGACAGAUUAUCAACUUACUGUGGAGCCUAUUGUUCCAGAAGAGGAUAAGUAUGAUGGUCGUCUUCAGCUCACAGCAAGUCGGCUCCUGGAACGCAGAAAGUUAUUCCAUAGAAGCCUUAACAAUAUUGUGAAGCAACACCACAAAACUUUUCUGGCAUCAUUGAACCCUCCUAUGGUGGUGCCUGAUGAUCAGCUGACUCGAUGGCAUCCAAGGUUUAAUGUAGAUGAGGUUCCAGAUGUAGUGCCAGCUGAACUUCCACAACCACCACAAGUAGAGAAAUUGACCACUGCACAUGAGGUGUUGACUAAAGCAAGAGGCUUGAUGACGCCUAAGAUGGAAAAGGCUCUAGCAAACUUGGCUUUAAGAACUGAGGAACCUAAUUCUGAAAAUAAAUCUCCUGGACGUAUAGAGGAGUCUAAACCAGUCCCUACUGCAUCCAGUGCCUUAAAAGGAGUAUCUCAAUCCUUACUGGAAAGGAUUCGUGCUAAGGAGGCUCAGAAGCUUCAAGCAAUGAUGACCCGCAAACCUCAGCAAGAGGAACGUCUCCUCAUGAUGUCCAGACUACCUGAGCUUUCCCGUAUUUUGCGCAAUGUGUUUGUUGCUGAGAAGAAGCCAGCUCUGACGGUGGAAGUUGUGUGCGACAGAGUAAUCUCCAGUUAUAGAUCAUCAAUGUCUUCAGGAGAAAUGGAGAAACAUCUGUCAAUGCUGGCAGAGCUGCUUCCAGACUGGCUGGCAGUUCAUCCAAUCAGAAAGGACACUUACUACAAGUUAAACAAGACAAUGGACUUGAAUCUAAUUUUGGAAAGACUGUCCAAGAAAAUGAAAGAGGAGGAAUCACUGUGAAUUGUUUGGGUUUUAUUUUCUCUAUCUGUUUUUUUUUUUUUACUUGUUUUUUUUAACAGGUGUGCAAUUUUUUUUAAAGAAAUUUAAUUAUGCAGUUUAUCUGCAAGGCCAUGUCUGAUGUCUUAUAGCAUGGUAUAUUGAUGAUUAUCUUGUGCAAACUUGCAUAGGAAGUAACAUUUCUGUACUAAUCCUACUAAAGUGCAGCUUGGCGAAUCGGUGUUUUACAGAUUUUUAACUUCAUUUUAAACCUAGAAAAAUGUCCAGGUUUACAAAGUGCAUUUGAGGGGUGUUAAAGGGGUACUCUGGCGCUUAGACAUCAUGUUCGCUCCGGGUCUGAUUAUUGUCGAUCACGGGGCCGGAGCAUUGUGAUGUCACGGCUCCGCCACAUGUGACAUCACGCUCCGCCCCCUCAAUGCAAGCCUAUGGGAGGGGGGGGGUAACAUCACACAGGGGCGGAGUCGUGAAGUCACGGUCUCGCGUCACCGUGGUCGGGAGCCGAAGCCUCCAACGUUUCCGGAAGCCACAACAGGUGGGUCCUGCAGCCGAGAUCCCGGGGUCCCCAGCAGCAGGACCCCCCCCCCCCCCACGAUCUGACAUCUUAUCCCCCCCCCCUAUCCUUUGGGUAGGGGAUAAGAUGUCUAGUG